CGUGCGGACGGAUAAACCAAGUACGGUUCCCCGGUAAGCGAAGAAAAAAAAACGGUUCUCAAUCGGCGUGGCACUUAUGUUUCUUCCCGGAUUUUGACAACUAUUGGAAAGAUACGCACCAGUCGGACCACUAAUUCCUGUGGCUUAUUUGAGGAUUAUCGAAGGAUUAUACCUAAAAGGAUUAGCAGCAGAAUCUCAUCAAUUCCUGGAUUACAUGACAAAAGCCAAGACAGAAGCCAAACUGGAUGUGAAUAAUUAAUCAACCGGUCGGGGGUAGUGCGGCAUGAAAGGAUAAUUAGAGUGAGUGCGUGAAGCUAACGAUGGAAUGAUUCGUGAUUUACAAGCCACCAUGCGCUUCCACCGGAUUUCAUGCGGUCAUGCUGUUUGCUGUGAGAGGAGGGUUUUGUGAAAUGCGGUCGGUGGGUUUGAGCUUUGCAGAACGCAGCAAAUUAGUGGUGUGGAAAAUCGUUUAGCAGCUCAGCGAGUGCAAACGCCUCAUACAUUUAUGUAUUUCGUUUUGCCGAGGCUAAUAUUGUGGAAUAACCAAGUGAAAUGAAUACAUAAGUAAUUAAGCACCUGUUAAUGGAUGCUCCAGUGGUUGGUGGAAUAAGAGGAAACAAACAGUGCACGUGAAAUUAGAUUCGAGUGCGGUGUGAAGCAGAGAGCGCCUGCUUCUGGUGUGGAAGCAAACAAGAACAACGUUGCAGCUCGUUAAGGAUAUAAUUUGUGGAACGAGUGUGGCACCACCGACUGCCGACAGCUCAACGCCCGAGUACUUUCACUUGACACGUUGUUACUAAAACCAGUGCCAUGAACGACUAGCGCCUGAUUCCUCCCCAUGGUCGCUAGGAUACUUAGGGGGAGCGACAGCUUCGCACCGAACAACAUCCGUCGUCGUUCUGGCAUUGUGAGCGCUGAUGCCUUAUAGUUCUGAAGUGUGCGCUCAUAAAUGUAUUCCACCUCCAUCGUCUUGACGUAUGGCUAUGUACUACUAUGCAAGCAAAUUAUCAGCAGCGGCAUGCGGCACUCGUUGCCGGCAGGGACUUACCAGGAGGCAGCGCAAUCGUAACGCAAGUCGUAACCAGCAGCAUCGGGCUGCCAAGAAGGACGACGACGAAGACUCCGACGAUAACAACAAAGAUAAGAAGGCAUUAUCAUCCGUAUUGUAUGACGCAACAGAUGACACAAUCGUGAUAUCGGUGAAAUCAUCGGAACAACCAGAAGUAUGCUGUGAAAGCACGCCCACACUCGCUCACACGGCACUCGGAUCGGGAGGAGUUAUGUACGGAAACGGCAACAUCGCAUCUGGUCCGCUAGACUCUCUCAUCGAGCUGCUGAUGCCCGCCAAUGCCGACGAGUUAGAUCAGGAAUAUGUUUUCUCCUUCCUGCUAUCGUGUCGAUUUUUCAUCCGAACAUACGAGCUGUUGGGUACACUGUUGGAAACACUACCGGAACCGGAGCCAGUAGACCGUUUCGUGCCGCUACUGGCCGUGUGGACCAAGAUGUUCCCGUACGACUUCCGCGACGAACGCAUGAUGAACCACGUGAAACAUAUCGUAGCUAGAUGCGCAGAUACCAAAUUAGCAGAUGUGGUAUCUGAACUACUAUGUGCCUUGUUAGCCCGGCUAACCGAACUCGAAAAACACGAAGAGGAACUCAAAAGCUAUCAAUCUACUGUUGACAAUAAGACUGAAUCAAUAACAUGGCCAAACGCUUCGCAAUUAGCACAAGUUUUAUGCAGAAUCGAGCGCAAUUUAGCAAAACACGUAGGACCAGAAGAGUUUGUCCAGUGCAGUGCCAACCUGCUGAAGGAUCCAAAUCGCGAGGACUUCACGCCCAAACCAGUUGGGUGGUACGGCCCAUCCGGAGGGGCAUCGCUGGAUACCAAGAAAACAUGCAAUUUAGAAAGCUACCUGGAGUGGUCUGCUCGUCUGAGGAUGCUUGUGGCGAGCGAAAUAUUGAAGUGCCAAAACAUACAGGACCGCAACAACACGGUGGAGCUGUGGAGCGGAGCGGCCCAGUACUGCCUCCUGGUGGGGAACUACAACAGUGCCACGGCCAUCCUGGAGUCGCUGGAUAUGCCGCCCAUCGCUAGAUUACAAAUCACGUGGAGCAAGCUUUCGACGACUACGAGUCAACAACUGGACUGCAUGCAACGUCACGCGGAAGGCUGUGGAAAUUUAUGGAGCAAACAAACUGAGACCAGCUCCAGCGGUGGUGGCUCAAAUUGCGGAGACAAAAAGCGAAAACCCUCGGCGACGACCACCGCCACGUCAUCGUCAUUCGCCGUCUCCAAGGCAAAGUCCAACGAGUGGGUCGUUGUUCCGGUGUUUGUGGACAUCGUCAAACUAGCUUUGAAAUCCAGAGAGGACUGCUGUGUAAGGCUCCCAAACGGGCACAUAAAUAUGACGGCGUUCGAUCGGAUGGCAGCCAUCGCCGGUGCAUUCACGAAACACAUGUGCCAAGUCAAUCAAACACUGCCGGACGUCGGAGAGUUUGCGAAUCUCUGUCGACACAUGCAAUCGUGCAAACUCCAGAACGAAUCAGAACUUAUGCUGGCUUCAUUUAGCUGCGAGGAGCCAACAAUUGCCGAGAAAGAAUUGUACGACGUUGCAUAGCACCACCAAUGCUGGCACCGUCAUCCCCACUUCCUCCGUCGGAUUAGCUGGAUAACGAUCGGACUCAUCGUAAUGAACAAUUAUUUGCAUACGCAAAGGAGGCGGACCCUCCCAAUUUUGAUAACGCUGGUAUCCGAAGAAUGUGGCCUCUGCUGACGACGACGGCAGCCUUUGUUCUGGACUCGUUGACCCUUGUACCAAUUCCACUCACCAUUCAGCUGAAUUCUCCGGAUGCCUCCGGCGCAGAAUUGAUUGGAGGAACAAUUUUAAUCGUUCGAUAUUAUAAUGUCGGCAGUUGGCAGAAGGCACAUUCCGAAAUACAACGACACAAUGCUAAGUAGAUUUAUGGAAAAACGAUGGAAUAUGAAUCAAUGGUAGAACGUUUUAUGCUGUAAUAAAUUCAAUAAAAUGAAUGUGAUUAGAUUAUGUACUACAGUAAUGCAAAAUAUGAAAGUCCUGAAAUGGUGAUUUAGUUUCCUCGACAAAGUGAUUGCCAGAAAUGCAAUAAUAUUGAAAUUCCUAUCCUCACAGGACAUAAGUUGAUUAGUUUAUGAUAUGUUGAAAGCUCUACUCUUACGUUGUAGAAGAAAUCUUAAACGACCAGUGUAAAUAAUGCAUACUAGUAGUAAAUUAUUUAAUAAUGCAAUCAGUUUGAUUGAGACAAAUGAAAUGAACAGCGAAUACAAAAUGGAUAAAUAUAACUUGAA